AAGCUGGAGGAAGGAGGUGGCAUUUACACCGAGUCUCGUCACCUGGGGCCGAAGUUUUAUUUUUAAAGAAUUUACAAUGUGUUGAAGCUAAAAGAAAUAUGAGAAGAGUCAAGCAGUGAAGGAAGAAGAGGAAUAAUUUAUCGGAGCCACCCCUCCCUUCGAGCGGGCGCGGCGAAUGCAUUCAUGAUGAACUUACUUCAGAUUGUGCGUGACCACUGGGUACAUAUACUUGUCCCUGUGGGAUUUGUCGUUGGAUGUUACCUAGACAGAAAGAAUGAUGAAAAGCUAAUUGCCUUCCGGAACAAGAGUCUGUUAUAUAAAAGGGAAUUAACACCCAGUGAAGAAGUCACCUGGAAAUAAAGGCUGCUGCUGAAUUACAGAAUGUUCACAGUUUUUAAAUUAUAAGAGAAAUAAAAACACAUUCAUUACUUAA